AAAGCCUUUCUCUCUCUUCUUACACGCAGGAGAGACUAGAGAGAGAGUCACAAACACAGUCUUGUAUGAAGGUAAAUUAGAUCUGCAGGCAGGAAAGCAGCCAUGGCGAAAUCCAUAAAACAUUCAAGUAUGUGGGACAGCGUCCUUGAACUCACCAAGUCGGCUCAGGAUAGUGGAAGUGAAUCCCUCCCAUGGGCGAUUCAACUCUAUUCAUCGCUAACCUCAGCCGGUGUUCCUCUCCCUUCACCGGAGCUAGCCGACUUGCUUGUCUCUCACAUAUGCUGGGAUAACAAUGUUCCUAUCGCAUGGAAGUUUCUUGAUAUGGCACUGAUGAUGAAAAUCGUACCGCCGACGAUUGUCCUAGCCCUUUUAUCAAAGAGGGUAGUUCCUGUUCGGAGGCUCCAUCCUGCAGCAUUCAGGCUUUAUAUGGAAUUGCUUAAAAGACAUGCCUUUUCAUUGUCACCUUAUGUCAACUCUCCUGAUUAUGAGAAGAUCAUGAAAUCAAUUGAUGAUGUUCUUCAUCUUUCUCAGAUCUUUGGUCUUGGGAAUCCUGAACCAGGAAUACUUUUGGUGUUAUUUAUCCUUUCUAUUGUAUGGCAGUUACUUGAUGCAUCAUUGGAUGAUGAAAGAUUGUUAGAACUUACUCCGGAAAAGAAGUCCAGGUGGUUAGCUAUGCCAGAUGAUAUGGACGUUGACUGUCAUGAUAACUUUGAUGAGAAGAGGAGUGAAAAUCGUGAUAGCAUGUACAAAUCAAAUACAAUUAUGGCUAUUCAGUUAGUUGGAGAAUAUUUAAAAAAUAAGGACACUUCAAGAAUUCUUUUCCUUGCCCGAAGAAACUUGCCAUCACAUUGGGACUAUUUUCUAUCAAACAUAAGAGUGCUUGCUGCAAAGUCAUCAAUAUUAAGGAAUAUGAAAGAUAUUACUCCUGAAGGUCUUCUACAAUUAACAUCUGAUACACGUAGGCUACUGCACCGUCUAUGCAAAGCAAAUCCUCAGCAACAGUUGCAUGCAGUACUAUCGUUAGGGGGACAAAUGAUUUCAGCCGGUCAAUGCCAUGGAAUUAGUCGUUCUGCACUUUGGCUUCCUUUUGAUAUUUUUUUAGAAGAUUCUUUGGAUGCAUCGCAAGUGGCAGCUACCAGUGCUGUUGAAGUUCUUACUGGUUUGGUAAAAGCUCUUCGAGCUAUCAAUCAAGCCUCUUGGCAUGAUACAUUUCUUGCUUUGUGGAUUGCAGCUCUACGGCUUGUUCAAAGGGAAAGAGAUCCCAGUGAAGGACCUGCACCUCCUCUAGAUACAUGUUUGUGCAUGUUAUUGUCUGUGACAACACUAGCAAUUUGGCAUAUUGUCGAUGAGGAAGAAACAUCCCUGAUUAAUAAUGCUGAUUGUAGCUCCACAAAUCAAAAGAAAGAGAAACAGGUCCCUGGAAGGUGCAGGAAAGAUUUAGUUUCCAGUUUACAGCAACUAGGUGAUAAUGAAGGCUUGUUGAGUCCACCUCUUUCUGUAGUACAAGUGGCCAAUCAGGCUGUCGCAAAAGCAAUGAUGUGCCUUUCAGGCCCAGCUAUUGGAAGUGGAUACCUUGAUUGUGUUAGCUUAAACGACAUGCCAGUCCACUGUUCUGGAAACAUGAGGCAUCUCAUUGUGGAGGCUUGUAUUGCUAGAAAUCUUUUGGAUACAUCAGCAUAUAUGUGGCCUGGUUAUGUGAAAGGUCGUGCUAACCAGCUACCUCGCAAUCCAGUGGUACAAAUGCCUGGUUGGUCAUCAUUUAUGAAGGGGGGCCCUUUAACGCUUGCAAUGGUGAAUGCCCUAGUUGCAUCUCCAGCUUCAAGCUUAGCAGAAAUUGAGAAAGUAUUUGAGAUUACAAUCAAUGGAUCCGAUGAUGAGAAGCUUUCUGCUGCUGCUAUCUUUUGUGGUGCAUCUCUGACACGUGGUUGGAAUAUACAGGAACAUAUCAUGGUUCUGAUUACAAAGAUGCUGCAGCCUCCUGUUCCAAUAGAUCAUACUGGGAGCGAGAGCCAUUUGAUACGUUAUGCUCCAUUUUUGAAUGCUCUUCUCAUUGGGAUAUCAUCUGCAGAAUGUGUGCAGAUAUUUUCGUUACAUGGCGUGGUUCCUUCACUUGCUGGCACUCUGAUGCCGAUCUGCGAGGUAUUUGGAUCUUGUGCACCCACAUUCUCAUGGACUCUUCCUUCAGGGGAGGAAAUAUCUUCAUAUGGCAUCUUCUCCAAUGCAUUUACACUCCUCUUAAAACUGUGGAGAUUUGAUCGACCACCUAUUGAACAUGUUAAUGGAGAUGUUGCUCCAGUUGGAUCUCAGCUAACUCCCGAGUACCUUCUGCUCGUAAGAAAUGCACAGCUGGCAUCCUAUGCAAACACACUAAAGGAUAAAAAUAAAAACAUGAAACUAACGAAACAUGCAACUCCAACAUCACUGGAACCAAUAUUUAUGGACAUUUUUCCUAAUUUGAAGCGCUGGUAUCGCCAACAUCAAGAAUGUAUAGCAUCAACCUUAUCGGCUUUAGUAAAUGGCAGUCCAGUGCAUCAGACUGUUGAGGGUCUGUUAAACAUGAUGUUCAAAAAAGCUAAUAGAGGUGGUGGUGGUCAGCCACUUUCCACAACAUCUGGUAGUACCAACUCAAGUGGAUCUGCAGUUGAGGAGGUUCCUCUUCAACUUCAAUUGCCUGCGUGGGACAUUCUAGAAGCAACUCCCUUUGUUCUUGAUGCUGGGUUGACAGCCUGUGCUCAUGGUAGAUUGUCUCCACGUGAACUAGUGACAGGUCUAAAGGAUUUGGCUGAUUUUCUCCCUGCAUCGAUGGUUACCAUAGUGAGUUACUUGUCCGCUGAGGUGACUCGUGGUAUCUGGAAACCUGCCUCUAUGAAUGGCACUGAUUGGCCAAGCCCUGGUGCCUAUUUGUCUACUGUUGAACAACAGAUUAAGAAAAUUCUGGCUGGUACUGGUGUUGAAGUUCCAAGUCUUUCUGCAGGAAGUUCUCCGACAACUCUUCCAUUGCCUUUGGCUGCUCUUGUGAGCCUGACGAUAACCUAUAAACUAGACAAAGCCAGCGAACGAUUACUCUUCAUGAUUGGUCCGGCUUUAGACAGCCUGGCAGCUGGUUGCCCUUGGCCAUGCAUGCUCAUCAUUUCCUCACUGUGGGCCCAGAAAGUUAAGCGUUGGAGUGACUUCCUAAUCUUCUCUGCUUCCAGAACAGUCUUCCAUCACAACAACGACGCAGUUCAUCAGCUCCUCAGAAUCUGUUUCAAUUCCACUCUUGGUAUAAACUCUUCCCUAACUUCCAGCUGCGGCGGCGUGGGAGCCCUUCUGGGCCACGGAUUCGGUUCCCACUACACGGGAGGAAUGUCUCCGGUGGCCCCAGGAAUCCUGUACCUAAGAUUCCAUCGAACGCUCAGAAAUGUAACGUUUGUAACAGAAGAAAUCCUGGUUCUUCUAAUGCGAGCGGUGAAGGACAUCGCAACUAGAGGAGGAGGAGGGCUGGCUACGGAUAGAACGGGCAGAAGAAAAACGAAGCUUGGGAUGCGAUACGGUCAGGUCUCGCUGACGGGGGCUUUGUUACAUGUAAAGGUGGCUGCUUCUUUGGGGGCUUCGUUAGUAUGGGUGGCGGGUGGGUUAAGCUUGGUGCAGUCUCUGAUCAAAGAGACGUUGCCAUCGUGGUUUUUAUCGAGUCAAGGAGCCGAAGAUGGAGAUUUGUUGAUAGCGAUGCUGAGAGGGUACGCACUCGCAUAUUUUGCGGUUUUGUCGGGGACUUUUGCAUGGGGGAUUGAUUCAGUAGCGGCGGCCUCCAAACGGAGGAGGAAUAUUUUACGGACUCAUUUAGAGUUUGUGGCUAGCGCUGUUGAUGGGAAGAUAUCAUUGGGGUGCGACAGUACGACGUGGCGGGCUUAUGUGUCGGGGUUUGUGAGUUUGAUGGUGGGGUGUACGCCAACGUGGAUGUUGGAAGUUGACGUGGAGGUGUUGAAGAGGGUUAGUAAAGGCUUGAGGAAAUGGAAUGAGGAUGAGUUGGCGUUGGCUUUGCUGGCGAUUAGUGGUGUAGAUGCCAUGGGGGCUGCUGCUGAGCUGAUUGUUGAUGCCAAGUUUUAGAAACCUUUUUUUUUUUUACUACGAUUGUAUCAUUUGUGACUUGAAUUUUUAUGGAGAAUGGUAAUAUAUACAUUUUUUUUUGGUAUAGUUGAAAGUAAAUUAAAUGAUCUUCUAAA